AUGGUCUCCAAUACAUGUACUCACGCUACGUGCGACUUGCCGCUGCUCACGAAGGUUCGGGUAGUGGGUCGCCACUGUUUGAGCAGCGAGAUGCCGCACGUCUUGCUCGCCAUUGACUCGCUGCUGGACGACUUCUCUGCUGGAAAGAAAGCCCACGAGGUCUACAAGCGCACGGGCAGUCUCCGCCUCAUGCAGUACGUCGCAGCGCGUGAGCCCUUCGAGGAGAUGGAUCCGUUCUACCGCCGGUCUCAGUUCAACCGGACGGUGGAGAUCGCGGCCGCGGCUGGAGACUUGGCGGCAGUCAAGUGGCUCCUGGAGAGCUACAAGCCCAAGCAAUACCUGACCAAGGCGGUGGCUGCAGCUGCGGCCAACGGACACUUACACAUACUGCGGUGGUUGUUCGACAACCACCACGAGAUCGGCUACUGGGGCUGCACGGAGAUGUGUGGAGCUCUGCUGAACAAACACGCGGAGGUUGUGAAAUGGCUACAACAGCACGCUGUGCCACACAAGGACAGUCUUAAGAAGGUGAUGGAAGCAGCAGCAGCAGCCGGCAAUGUGAAAGUCGUCGAGUGGCUGUUCAAGGAGUGCCACGCGAGCGCGGAGGACGCUCUGUGGAGCGCGCAGACCAACAAACAGUGGGGGACGGCGAGUUGGAUCCUCGACAACUGCAACAUCAUCGGUCCCUGGAUCGACUGGGACCUGCCAGCCAAGGACGGAGCGCUGUCCUUCUUGAAGUACUUGCGCUCACGCUCGAUCGGCGGCCCGGGCUUCUACACGUUGCAGGUUGCGGCGUGGAAUGGGCACCUCGAGAUCGUCGAGUGGCUCCACAGUGAGCUGCGUGUGCCGUUCUCGCCGACUGUGUGGCAUGCGGCUGACAAUGGCCAUUUAGAGGUCGUCAAGUGGCUGCAUGAUAAUGGCUACAAACACGGUCGAGCUGCAGUUAUGGACAGCGCGGCGAUGCAUGGACGCCUGGACGUCGUCAAGUGGCUACACGAGCACCGCUCGGAGGGUUGCUCCGAGCAGGCGAUGGAUGGAGCAGCUCUUGAAGGGCACCUGGAGGUUGUACAAUGGCUACACGAACACAGAAGUGAGGGCUGUACCAACGCAGCCAUGAAUGCCGCUGCCAGUCGAGGCCACUUGGACGUCGUCAAGUGGCUAUACACUCAUCGACGGGAGGGCUGUACCCAUGUUGCCAUGGACUCAGCUGCCGAAAAUGGGCACUUAGAUGUCGUCAAGUGGCUCCAGGAGAACAGAAGCGAGGGCUGCACGUCGGCAGCAAUGGACGCGGCCGCAAGCAACGGGCAUCUCAACGUGGUGAAAUGGCUACACGACAACAGGAGUGAAGGCUGCACCACCAAGGCGCUCGACAUGGCAGCUGAGAAUGGGCACUUUGAAGUGGUGAAAUGGCUACACGCCAACAGAACGGAAGGCUGCACCACCGACGCUAUGGAUACAGCCGCUGCAAAUGGCCACUUUGCCAUCGUCAAAUGGCUCCAUGAGAACCGAGAGGAAGGGUGCACGAUUGCAGCCAUGACUCAAGCCAUACUGGGGAAUCACUUUGAAGUCGCGUUGUUCCUUGAUUCGCACCGCUCGGAGGGCUUCGUCUUCCACCGGAACUCCAUCAUUCGCCUCCCGCUGGAGCUCAUGCAGUGGCUGAUCGCAAAGUACGCAGCCAACUUGAACGGCUGCGAGUUUGAGGUGGAGCGUUGCGACUGGCGCUUCAAUGAGUGGUGCCGCAGAGUCAACUUGCGGAUGGCGCAUCAGAACGAGGAGUCCGUGUGGUGGGAGUGCCACCCCGGGACGAUUCUACUCGAGGCUCCGUGAUCUGCUUGGUCUGUGGGGUGGACUGCCUUCAUAUUUUACAAGAGAAAUGAAAUCUAUUUAGUACUUCGAAGUAUUUUUUUAGUAUGAGGUCAUCUUCAUACCUUCAUC